UGUUCGAAUGUUCGGAGCAAUUAGAAGCAUCCUUAGAAAAAGUAAAAAAAUUUGAUUAUUCACAAUUUAGUGAUGUGCGGUCUAUCGGGAGCGGAAAAUUUGCUAUUGUAUUUUCAGCCACCUUUGAAGAUAGAAAAUAUGCAUUAAAAAGCCUACAUAGCAACUUGCAAAUUGAUGUUAGAAUGAUAGGAAGAAUUAAACGCGAGCGUCCCUCAAUGGACGAAAUAAAAAUCACACUUGAAAGGCUAUCAACUGAAACAAGCAUUAAUUUCAUAUCCAAUAAUAUUGAUAAUGAUGUGCAUUUUGAAAUUAAUAGCUAUAGCACUAAUAAUUCAAGCAG